UUCAGGUAUAAAGAGUAUAUUGUAAUCAAGAACACUAGAGAUGCUGUCAACAAACUGGUAGAGGAGAAAAUUACUGACUGCCUUAACUGGCAACAGAUGCAUAAGCAUGUGAUGAUGAAGAUCCAGGGAUCAGCCUUCCAGAAGAUGUGUGCUGACAUAGCCUCUUCUCUAAACCUGGGUACACCAAGUUUUGCUACAGCUAAAGAGUUCUUGCAGGGGGCAGGACAAGGCUCUAUCAUACAACAGUGUGAACAAGUAGAGAAUGAAUUAACAUCCAACCUUCAGAUUCAGAGAGCCAAUCUUCACCGAGUGAUAGAUGUCCUACAUACAUAUGGAACUAUUGUGUCACAGUUUGGAGCUAGUUUCGCAGAUAAACACAAGAACAAGCAACUAUCUGCAUUGGCUGAAGGAACUCUCCUUGGAUUUUACUGACAAUAAGUGUGUAGAGAUUGUUCAUCAUUUCCAUGACAUGUAUGGUGACUCUGUUGUCUCUCAGACUAAAAUACAGCUGGUACUGGCACAGAGCUGAAGCUACAGACUAUAAUACAAGAUGCCCAAUGCCAGGCUUAUCAAGCUGUUGGAUCGUAGAAAGAUGGAGAAGGUAGAAGUGAGACUGUUAGAGUUACAAGUACAGGAAAGUAAAGCUGCCAUUGAUGUUUUUGUUAAAGAGAAUGGCGAGUGUGGAGAGAGCAGUUUGACAGCAGUUAUUGUGACAGCUCUAUGUGCCCUCAAUAAACGUAACAUACAAAUGGAGGCAGCUGCAACAGGUGUAGGAGAUAGGUUGAUGGAUUUAACAUCUCGGGAUGGUGACUGGUUCCUAGAAGAACUUUGUAGUAUGAGUGGCAAUGUCUCACAGUUUCUAGAUAUGAUCAAAUCCAGCCAGCAGGUUGGUGAAGACAGUGAACAAUUUUUUGUCUUAUACAAGGGAAUGAUGUCUACACACAAUGUAUAUACAGCACUUCAG